AUGGCCAGUGCCAAAACUCCCCGCAAAGGUCUCAAAUUGUGCUGUAUUGUGACAGCAAUUUUCGUAGCUAUAUUAGUGACUGUUAUCACAACAUUGUCACUUACCAUCUUCAAGCCAAAGGAUCCUGACAUCACUGUAAGCCCUGCAGGUCUGAGUAACAUUUCAUUCUCUCCAUUUCCAAACGUGGCAGUAAAUGUUACAAUAGACAUGGUGGUCACCAUUGACAAUCGUAAUUACGGAAGCUUCAGGUUCCAGAACUCUACAGCAUAUAUUAACUACCGAGGAGAGGUUGUAGCCGAAGUGCCACUGGAGGAGGAAUUAGUGCCUGCAAGGGGCAAGGUUAAUAUGACUACUUCUGCAGAUAUUGACGCGGGAAAGUUACUAUCAAAUCCUAACUUUUGGAAUGAUUUUGAAGCUGGAAGCUUGAAUUUGACCUCCAUAGCCAAGUUGCAUGGGCUCGUGGAAGUGUUUAAAAUCUUCAAGCUCCAUGCAAGGGAUGUCAGUACCUGCAGCAUCACUAUUUGGAUCGGUAACCUCAGUCUGGAGUCUGAAUGCAUGUCCAAAAUCAAGUUAUAA